UGUUUCAAAUAUAGCAUUACAACACAUCACUAGCUACACAGAAUACAUCUGUAAACAAAGAUCUCUAUGGGUUUUGCUGGAUUCAAAAUUCAGUAUAAGCACAAGUCUCUCCGAGUAGGGUUUCUCUCAUUCGUGUGAAGAGAGUGUGAAUUGCAAAACCUGGAGUGGAGCUUCAGCUGAUUGACUACAACAGACUGCUUCAUUUACACCGAUCCACAGUCCAGACCUGCUUUCAGUCUGUGGUUUGAAAGUAACAUCACACUCGCAAAAUGUUGCUGUUGCUCUAAAUAUCAGCAUAGCUGUGCUUUGUCCUUAGGUACUCAAAAUGACAAUGUUCAUGUGAUACUGCUUAAUUAAAAAUCAGCAAGGAUAAGUUAAACAUAUGUUUAUUAGUAAAUCAAUGGCUUUUUAUUCCAUGGCAAUCAGAAGCCAGUGCUGAUACUGAGCAGGUCCAGCAGCAGAGAGGGCGCGUGGGGAGAAACACGUCCAUGACAUCAUCCGCCUUGUUGUGAUUCCCGUUCCCACCGGGUUCGUCUCGUGGAUGCUAUCACAGGAUUCCCAAUCCCACACUGAUUUCCCCCCGUGUGCAACUUCAGCUCCUCCGUUACGGUCUGAAGCUCACGCCCGCGUUGGUUUCUUUUUUUCGCUCCGCGGUUUAGCUUUCGAUAUCGCCAUUGUUGGGUUCAGCAGAAGAGUUAUGAGGACGACUGAGAGAUGCUUCCGGUGUAAAAGUGAUAUCUUAAUGAAAGCUGUCGAGAGGAAGAGCUUUCCGCUGUGCUCAUGCGAUCGAGGCUAUUGUUAGAGGAGAUGAAACGGUGUCGGUUGGCUUGACACACCUGGGAUUGUUACAGCAGACCUCCAAGCACGUAUUUCUACUGUUCCCCACAUCCAUCGUGCCUGCAAGCGGAAGGGAUUCGUUUGUUUCGCCGAAUAUUAGUUAGAGAAGCCAUUCUAGUGUGUGUUAUUUCAUGGGGAUGUGUUCAAGGCAAGAGAGGAUUCAAAAAGACGUCGACAUCGUAAUUCAAAGGUGUAAGGCAGAGAAAGACUGCCUGUUUUCUGACUUUCGAUUCUCCGACUCCACGUUCACCUUCACCUACUCAAAAGGACCUAAAAGGGUGUCCUACUCUGUUCAUGUCUCUGAUGAUUAUCCAGAUAACACAUAUGUGUCUAACUCUGAAAACAAUGAUGAAGUGUUAGUCACCAGGGAUCCAAUACCAGUGAUUUUCCACAGAAUUGCAACAGAAAUACGCUUAAAUAACGAUGGCACCAGCUGUCUGUCCAUUAAAUCAAAACUUCAAACCGCGUGCCAUUAUCCUAUAGAGGAGGAUUCAGAGGGUGACAAUGAUUCAGAGGAGUUCUACUAUGUUGGACAGGUAAAUUAUGAUGGAGAGCUUCACAAACACCCCCAGCUGGAGGCUGAUUUGGCAGCCGUGAGGGACCUAUAUGGCCAUCAUGCAGUAUCUCUCAGGGAAUAUGGUGCAAUUGAUGAUGUGGACAUCGACCUACACAUUGAUGUCACUUUCCUAGAUGAGGAGAUUGCACUUGCCUGGGAUGUGAUCCGGAGUGAACCUGUUAUUGUGCGGCUUCACUGCUCCCUCACACAGUAUCUGAAUGGACCAGUUCCCACUGUUGAUGUGUUCCAAGUGUCUUCAAAAGACAGAUUUGGACUUGGACAUCAGUUGAAAAAGGUAAUGCAAACCUUUGUCACACAGCAGUGGAAGUGUCAGAGCAAAGAUAAACUCAUCAGCCCACACAGCAAAAAGCAAAAUGAGAAGAAGGUGAAGUCUCCCCUGCACAUUUUUUCAACUCUACGCAGAUCCCCCAGCUACCCUCCUCCUGGCUGUGUGAAGAGCAAAAAGAAGCUCAAACCUGAGCAGGAUUGCAUGUCAAAAUCCCACCGUCUGUUACGGCGAACAUGCUCAAGCACGGUGAAGCCAGAAAUGGAUGGCUGCGUCGGCAAGUCGCACAAGCUCCUGGGCCAUUCUCUCUCCAGUGACCCUCGGAUGGAGCAACAUCAGCCCCUCAAGCAGCCCCACCGGUUGCUGCCGAGGCCCUGCUCGACCGCAGUUAAACCGGAGGACUGUACGCCACUGCGGCCUCAUAAACUGUCGCCGCGGUCGAGUGCGGCAGAGCCUCGCUGUGAACACGCUGCUGGCAGUAGCGAUGGCGGUGCUUUGAAGCCCCACCGGCUCCUGGGCCGCUCCUGCUCGGGCAGCGUGCGGACUGAAGAGCUGGAUGGCCUGAAGCACCACCACCGUCUGCUUAGCAGGUCCUACUCCAGCAGCACCAAGAUGGGCAAAAGCGACAUCUUUAAAGAGCCUGUCACGGAGAGCAGACGCCUCUCCCUUACCUCAGGGCUAAUCGGCAUCCUGGCCCCAUCACUCUCUUCCACACCUCAGCCAAACAUCGGAGCCAAAUCCAUUCCAGUCAGAGACAGAGGCUUCCUUGUUCAGACUAUGGAGUAUGCAGAGCAGCGUAUCCCUGUCCUGAACGAGUUCUGUGUGGUCUGCGAUGAACCUCACGUGUUCCAAAAUGGACCAAUGCUCAGACCCACAGUGUGUGAGAGAGAGUUAUGUGUAUUCGCCUUCCAGACGUUAGGGGUCAUGAAUGAGGCUGCUGAUGAGAUUGCCACUGGUGCUCAGGUAGUAGACCUACUUGUCUCCAUGUGCCGAUCUGCACUGGAGUCUCCGAGGAAAGUUGUCAUUUUUGAGCCAUAUCCCUCUGUGGUGGAUCCCAAUGACUCACAAGCACUUGCCUUCAACCCCAGGAAAAAGGACUAUGACCGAGUGAUGAGAGCACUUGACAGUAUCGCAUCUAUCAGAGAAAUGACCCAGGCUCCAUACCUAGAGAUAAAGAAACAAAUGGACAAGCAUGAUCCCCUGGCUCACCCACUGCUGCAGUGGGUGAUUUCCAGUAACAGAUCACACAUAGUGAAGCUUCCUGUUACUAGACAACUGAAGUUCAUGCACACACCCCAUCAGUUCCUCCUGCUCAGCAGUCCGCCAGCCAAAGAAUCCAACUUUAGAGCUGCCAAAGGACUCUUUGGGAGUACCUUUGCUUUCCAUGGAUCACACAUAGAAAACUGGCACUCCAUUUUGAGGAAUGGUUUGGUCGUGGCAUCAAACACGAGGCUUCAGCUACAUGGCGCUAUCUAUGGGAUUGGAAUAUAUCUCAGUCCAUUAUCAAGCAUAUCCUUUGGCUACUCAGGGAUGAAUAAAAAACAGCAGAAAGUUGCUUCAAAAGAUGAAACUGCUGCCAACAAGUCCAAUAUUAAUUUGCAGUCACAGAAGAAAGGUCAGAACCCACAGUUUCUGCAGAGCCGCAACCUGAAAUGCAUAGCCUUAUGUGAAGUUAUUACAUCUCCAGACCUGCACAAGCAUGGGGACAUCUGGGUAGUUCCAAAUACAGAUCAUGUCUGCACACGUUUUUUCUUUGUUUAUGAGGACGGACAGGUAGGUGACACAAGUAUAAACACACAGGACCCUGGCAUUCAUAGGGAGAUCCUGCGAGUCAUCGGCAAUCAAACGGCUACUGGAUGAAAGAGUUUGAACACAAUACUGCUGCCUUGACCUCUUUCCCAAAGCUGGACAUUUGAGCGUAGGAGGCCAAUUCCACAUGUAUUUUUGGUAACCACAAAUACACACACAAAAAACAAGAAGCAUAUUCGCAGUGUUCAGAAUACACUAUUUCUACUGUUCCCCUGGGAUACAUGCAUAUUUACACUGGCUAUUCAAACUAUUACCAUUUUGCUAAGUUUAUAAAUACAAGGUACAUUUUGAAAGAGCAUGGUAUGUCUCUCAGUUCAACAGAUAGACUACUUAUUUUUUGUAAAGAAUACAAAAAAUGAAACACUUUGAAGAAUACAGUAUUUUGAGACUUUCCUGGAGAAAAUACAAUAUUCCUGUGAGGAUAUGCGCCAUCUGACCUUGUUUACUAAGAGUUGUACUUGUUAAAGUACAUUAAUUUGUGUAUACAAAAGGUGUCUACUGUAUAUGCACUUUAUUUUUCUUAAUGUAUGAUAGUUGUUUCAAACUUCCAUAUAAUCUUAAAUGCCUUUGAAAGACAGACGUAUUUAUUGUUUGACAGUGCUGAACACAAACGAUGCUGACUGCAUUUACAGCUGAUGGAGAGCUUUGACGAGUGUAGUUUAAAAACAAAAUCCCUGUGCUACAGCUAAUAUUUUCUGCUACUUUAAAGUAGCUGUCAGUUUACAAUUUCUAAAGGCCUCAGUUUAAAAUUUGCCCAGAUGUACUGAACCUGCCACUUCAUUAACAUCGUCACUUUAAACGUACAGUAUUGCUGUAACGUUUUCAUUUAUGAGUGACUAUACCAAGUAUGAAAAAAGUAAGAUUAAAAAUACAAAAAAAUGGAAAGACUUUAUAUAUUCGGCAGCGACAACUAAACAUAAGAUGCAUGCUGCUUUCCUUAAGUUUUCAGAUUUUUUGAUAAUGGACAAAAAUCGGCACCCAAUUGUAAAAUGUCUUUGAAUAUUUCAAUAUAAAUCUUUUUUGUAAGGUGAUUUUAAGGCAGAAUAAGUGUUUGCUGCUUGUUGUUUAUACAUUGUAAUGUAUUAACAGAAGGUUCAAAUGUGUGAGUAUUCUGUUCAAUUUUUGCAAUUCUUUAUAGUGAUGUUUAGACACCUGUGUGGUUGUUAACUUUACUUUCGAAACAUUAAAUUUUUCGAUCAUUGAAAUCACUAAAUCUUUUUUUGAGAAUGAUCACCCAAUAUAGGUAUUAGGAAUAUGUGCAUAAAGGUGGCGCGUUUGGUUAAAAUUAAUUAAAUUGUAUUAAAAAUACUAUACGAGGAAAUGCAACUUUUACAUAAAGUCAAGAUGUAGCACCACAACGCUUUUUUUCUCACUUAUGGGCAGAAUUAUAGGUUUUAUUAAAAUAUGGGCACAUUAAAUAUGUGGUACUGGCUAUUUUGUGUGGAGAAAAGUAUUUUGUAUUUUUCCAUGGGACUCUGAAAUACUGGUAAAUUCACAUGAUGUUCACUUGCAAUAUAUUCCAUUGACUCCAUUAUAGUUUCAAUUGAAUGGCAACAACUUAAUAUUACAUUAAAUCUAAAGUGAAAGUUUACGUAGUCAUUACGCAUUGUCAAGUUUGUCAUUACUAAAAAACGAUGUAAAUCAGAUUCAUUUGAUUGAUUCUUCUUUCAAAUCCACUAUCUAUAAUCAGUUAAUAAAUAUUGUUUAAAUAUCUUUCAAGGAUUAAGAUGGGGGUAGUUCUUACAUGCAUGUACACUCAUAACUGUUGCAAAAUAUUUAACAGCAACUUUUUGUUUGUUUAUAUUUUUCAUUGUGAUGGGCCAUGUUCAUAUGUGAUAGGUCUAUUUGUAUAGUUUUGUACAUUUUCCGCACAAUUUGGUAAAAAAAAAAAAAAAGGAUCAUGCUACAUAGCAUUUGGUGCCUUAUCGAUAAGGAUUUAAUGGCAAACAUGACAGUACUGUCAUAUAUGAAAAUACUGUAUAUAGUGUAAAUAAUGCCACAGCAACAUGGAGGCCAAAUAUUUUCUGUAGUACGUUUUUACUUUUUCCUUAUUUUGCGAACGGAUCAAGCUUUUUGGCUUUUUACAAGUUAUGGAAAUAGUAGCUUAUGUAUCUGUUUAUGUUCAUUAAAUUCAGAUUUGCCAAUAA